GAACCAAUCAGUAAACCGUAUUUUGUUUAUUUUCACUAGAUGGAUUAGAAGCUGGGAUUCCUAUCGCAUUAGCUGCUGCUCCACAAGAAUCACCUCCGAGGCAACAGCCAACGAUGCAAGAAGAGUUUGCUGGACCUAGUAUGACAGUAUCUGAUUGUCCAAGUACCUUCAACUCUCCGUGUAUAAAGACUAGGAUGAAAGCGUGGAUGUGUCAAAUUAACACAUUCAGAACCGCUAUGAUGUCGUGGAAAACCGAGAUUGAAAUUUGGUGGUCUGGUUGUGGUCAGCCUACGGAUAGUGAGGAUGAAAAGGAAUGGAGGGAAUCUUUCAAAUGUCAACAAAUGCCCAUCAAGUGCAAAAAUGGAGAAGGAAUGAAAAAAUGUUCGGGUGGCGCAAUGGAAUGCCAAAUAUGCGAAUGUGCGGACAAUGAAUACGAAAAUAAUCUGACCGAUAUAAUGAAUCUGUGGAGAAGUGAAGUCGCGAUGUAUCAUAAAAGAUUUCAAUUGUAUAAAAAGGCGAGACAGGUGUGUGGCGGAGGAUCAAGUAGAAGCAAUGGCUGCAUGGAUGGCGAGGAAGAGAAGACUCGACAAGAUCGCAAUGACAGAAGAGAAAGCCCAGGAGGUGGAGACUGGCGAGAGUGAAAAAACAAUGGACACUGAAAAUAUAAAAGGAUAAUAUUUUACUUGGUUCUACUAAUAUUUAUCGUAAUGUUAUAAUCAUCUAUUCGUAGUUUAGUUGUUAGUGGGUCUUAGUAUACCGCGCUCUAUAUAUCUGGAAUAUAUUCAUCUGAACAAUAUAUCUGGCGCUCCAGAAGUAUG